AUGUCUUCCAUUCCCAUGAACCGCUUGGGCGGUCGCGGUAAGCAUCCCCGCCCGGAACGCGGGAAACAACCACCCGCCGAUGCUUCCUGCGUAUCGUACGAGUGGUUCCUCCGUGCUGACAAGGCCGAUCUUCCAACAGCGUUUCACCACGCCGACAACGACGACGACGAUGUGGAGCGGGAGUACGACCGCCUCCGCGACCUCGCCCGUGAGGAAGCCAACAAGCGUAACCAGUGUUUUGAGCGCCAGGCCUACCAGUCUGGCGAUGGCGCCGCCGCCAAAGAGCUCUCGAACGAGGGCAAGCGCCACGCCCAGAAGAUGGAGGACUACAACCGCCAGGCGUCCGAGUAUAUCUUCCGCGAGAACAACGCCGCCGGCCGCGUGACGGGCAGCUGCAUCGACUUGCACGGCCAGUUCGUCGAGGAGGCGGAGCGUAUGCUUGAACAGCGCAUCCGCGCCGACCGCGACCGGGGGCAGGAACACCUGCACGCCAUCGUCGGCAAGGGCAACCACUCGACGGGACAUGUGCAGAAGCUCAAGCCGCGCAUCGAGGCGCUGUGCCGGGAGCUCGGGCUGAAGUACUCGACGGAGGAGAAUGCGGGUAGAAUCUACAUCAACCUCCAGGGCAAUGACGCUACUAUGCCGCCGCCUCCGCAGGUUGGUGGUGGUCAGCAGCACCAUGGUGGUGGCCAACAGCAACACGGAGGCAAACCCCAUGGAGGCAAGCCCCACGGCGGCCAGCAACAGCAUCACGGCGGCCAACAGCAACAGGACCAGGACGACGACAUCGUCGUCAAGAUCCUCAAGAAGCUGGAGAAGGCUUGCUGUGUGGUCAUGUAG